AUGGAUGUAGAAAAGUCAAUUUUUGCUGUGGCUUCAAUUUCGAAAACGUUCAUUGCUGUUGCUGUUAUGCAACUUGUUGAGAAGGAGUUAGUCGAUCUUGACACAGACAUCAAUCAGUAUUUAUCAGAACCUCGUCAACGUAUUUUUCAUCCAAACUAUCCAUCUCAUUCGAUUACUUUACGAAGAUUACUCUCCCAUUCGUCAUCGAUCGCUGUCGAUGAAAGCAUACAACUCAGCUUGUAUCAAUUGGGCGACACUGCUUUCGAACAGUCAACAUUAGCUGAGAUAUUGUUUACUCAUAUAAAUCCGAACACAUCGAAUUGGUUGCCAAAGCCACCGGGUACGGUAGCAUUUUAUUCAAAUUAUGGCUCCUCUUUAGCUGGAUUGGUUGUUGAACGAGUAGCGAAUAUGUCUUUUGAUCAAUAUGUUAAAGAAAAAAUAAUGAAACCGCUCAGUAUUGAUAUAAGUAAAGUAGGCGUUCGCUUAGCCGAUUUUUCAAAUAGAGAAGAACUCGUCAAACAUUAUGCUUAUGCAUUUAAUGCGUCUAAUCUCAAUGAAUGGAUACAAGGAAUGCCGCAAUUGAAUGUGACACAGUUAUCGGACAAUUUUCCCACUUGGCUAUACAUUCCAUUCUUUGGCUUCAGUGCCUAUCCUGCUGGCCUCUUUCGCAUGUCAACUCGUUCUUUAUCUAAAUUUCUUCAAAUGUUUAUGAAUAAUGGAUCUACUCUUCUGAGUCCUAGAUCUAUUGCUGAAAUGAAGCUGAUCGUUGGCAAUGGUCUCAUUCCAUAUUACGAUCCCCAUGGAAUAGUCAAUUCCUCCAUUAUAGCACCACCCACCUUUGGACUUAGUUGGACCUGGCAGACAUUGAGCGAUGGACGCCGAUACAUUGGUCAUAGUGGUUCACUUCCAGGUUCAAGACAUUGGAUGUUAAUUAAUGAAAAGAAUACUGUUGGUGUUAUUAUUCUCACAAAUGGAGACUCCAAUGUGCCAAGUGAUAGAUCAAGUCAAUAUUAUAAGAUAUUGGAAAAUAUUCACUUAGCACUCAUUCAAUGUUUCGAAACUGAGAUAUCUAAGUCGUCUGCAUGUCAUAGAAAUAUAUCAUUCUUUGAAUUUUCGAUGAUGAUGUUUUUUUCUUUUCUUUUUUUUUCAUUAAAUGAUCAUUUACUCUUGAAUGAAAAUGAAUUUCAUCAAUAA